GAAAAUAUAUACAUACAUAUGUUUGUAUAUUCUAUUAAAACUGUUUUGUUAUUCCUCAGUACAUUUAAUUAUCCUGUCAAGAAAUCGUGCACCUGCAAUUUUAUUUUUUCGUUUGCUUUGUAUGCAUUUUCUUCGCAGAUAGGAGAAAGAGACAAACAAGUUGUAAUUAUGCAUAAUUUUUAAACGUUGGUUACAAAAACAGUUGUAAUGUAAUUGGUUUAGAAUAAAAAAUGCAUGCUCUUAAUCCAAUUAUUCAAAACAGGUACUUAAAUAUAAUAAUUACUUGGAAGCAAUAUAAAAACAAUUUUAUUUUAUAUGUUAAAAGUGGUUGAAAAGCAUAACUGCAAAAUACUUUUCAUGGUGAAUUUGUAACCGUAGCGUCAUUAUGUGUUCAAUCAUAUUCACCGUGCUUGCGUGAGUGAAAAAACUGCAAUCUUUGAACGUGAUUGACGUUUGCAUUUAGACGCGAACAAGUAGAUAAAGUGCAAAGAGACAAAAAUUAGCAUUGACAAAAAAAAGAAAAUAAAUAAAAAAAAAACGGAAAGGAGUAAAGGACUGAAAACGUCUAAAACUUGAAUAAAGUAAUUGGGAUUAUAAUAAAGCAUUCUCGCUAUACCAUUUUGCGAAAUUACGGCGACUGGCGUUGCAGUUUAAGGAAAAAUUGCACAACAUUAGGUCGAUGUUUAUGCGUAUACAGGAGCCGGCCAUUAAAACUUGGAAGCGCAUUACAAAUCUGGUGAAUACGCUUUGGAAUAGAUUAUAUCUACCUGCUUCGCCGUUUUUAGCGCUCACAUAUCCAUCUUCGCAGAUAAUAGCAUCUGAGAUGCCUAGGACACGUAGACGUCAUCAUUCCAACGAUCGUUCUUCGGGUGGUCAUAGAGAUAAGCGCAGAAGAGUGGACUCUGAAGAGGCGUCGCCUCUGCCAAAUGACGCCUCCUCACCGCCACGUGCCAGAUAUACACGUUCGGAUGCCAAAAAACGUCACCAUGAGUCGGACGUUAGUUCACGUGUCUCAAAGGACUCAUCGUAA